AUGGGUUCCAUCGAAAGUGAUACAUACCUUUAUCAAAGUGUUACUGAGGGUCCUUCUCCUCCUACUGUCAAGUCUGCUGAAGGAAUUUACUUUACACUCGAAAAUGGCCAGAAGAUCCUAGAUGCAACAGGCGGGGCUGCCGUUUCGGCCAUCGGUCAUGGCAACAAAGCUGUGAAAGAUGCAAUCAUUCGCCAACUGGAAGCGGUGGCGUACGCUCAUCCUGGGUACUUCCAGACUACUCCUGCCCUUGAACUGGCUGACUUGUUGGUCAAGUCUACCGGCGGGCAGCUUUCACGGGCUUGCAUACUUGGAUCCGGCUCUGAAGCUGUUGAGGCGGCGCUUAAACUUGCGUACCAGUAUUUUGCUGAGUUAUCGCCGCAAUCGCCACGGCUGAACUUCAUUUCGCGACGAGGCUCGUGGCAUGGCUGUACCCUUGGUGCACUCUCCGUUGGCGAUAUCAAAGCUAGGAAGACACUGUUUGAGCCUCUCUUGCUUAAGAAUGUGUCUCAGGUGUCUCCCUGUCACCCGUGGCGAGAUAUGAGGGAAGGAGAAACCGUUGAGGAAUAUGUGGCUCGACUGAAAGAGGAGCUUGAAGACGAAUUCCAAAGGCUCGGUCCCGAAACAGUCUGUGCCUUUAUUGUGGAGCCCAUGGUCGGCACGGCCUUAGGUUGUGUUACAGCGUUGCCAGGAUAUCUACGUGCCAUGAAGGAAGUCUGUGACCGCCAUGGAGCCCUUCUAAUCUUCGAUGAGAUUAUGUGCGGCCUUGGCCGCACAGGCGCCCAGCAUGCGUGGCAGCACGAUGGUGUUGUUCCUGACAUUCAGACCGUGGGAAAAGUCCUUGGUGGAGGAUACGCUCCGAUUUCUGCCCUGUUGGUUCACGACCGUGUCAUUAAUGGGCUGAAAGAAGGUGGUGGACUAUUUCUUCACUCACAAACUUACCAGGCACAGCCACUCAUAUGCAUGGCAGCACUCGCUACUCAGCGUUACAUUCAGGAAAAUAACCUGAUCGAGAAUGCUCGCUGUAUGGGGGAAUACCUCGGAGAACAGCUUAAACUGCAUCUUGGAGAGCACCCUCUUGUGGGAGACGUUCGAGGGCGCGGGCUCUUUUGGGCUGUGGAGAUCGUGAAGGAUAAAGCCACCAAGGCUCCUUUCGAUUCGAGGCUGAACAUUGCUAAACGAAUUCGCGCGCGAGGACUUGAAAAGGGCUAUGACAUUUGCAUUUUCACUGCUACCGGGGCUGCUGAUGGUUGGAGUGGCGACCAAUUCCUUUUGGCACCACCAUACAUCGUCCAAAAGCAGGACGUUGAUGAAAUUGUGAGGCGCGUGGUCAAAGUCAUGGACAGUGUGUGGAAGGAGAUCAAAUCUGCUGUCAGAGGGUAG